CCGAAACGAAACCAUGCCUGGUCCAAGGGCUCGUCGUAACGGAGGUAUGGAUUCAAUUCUUUCUUAUUGUUACUAGUAUUUCAAAACUAAAAAGGCUUGACGCAUCAAGAUGGCAAGCUUGAAGAACGACGACAAUGACAAGGAAGUCUCUCUGAAGGAGAUGCUUGCAAGCUUUUUGACAGACGAAGCUCUGAAUGAUGUGUCGUUGAAGGGGAGUGACGGAGAGGUAGUGUCCGCCAACCGUUUCAUCCUGUCUGCAAGAAGCCCUGUUUUCAGGGGCAUGUUUCUUGGCAAGUUUCGGGAAGCUUCCUCUCCUGUUGUACAGUUGGAUUUCCAAGGAAACAUCUUAAUGGCAGUGGUUGAGUACAUCCUGACAGAUGCCGCAAAGAUGGUGAACUGCAAAAAGCGCAAGAGCACAGACAGCCCAGUCGCCGAUUCCCAACAAAUUCAAGCGCUCGCAUCAUUGGCCGAGGCAGCUGUUUAUUUCCAUCUUCCAGGUCUACGAAAGUCAGUCCUUGCAAAGUUUGAAGAGAUUUGGGAUGCGGACCCUUGCUCAUCGUUUGCCAUCUUCCAGGCAUUUAAGGUGGCUUUCCCGUCCAUGUCUCCAAUGCUGGCUGAGAAAGCCAUGUCGUAUGUUCGCACUACUCCCUUCAAAUCAAUAAGAGCUGAGCAUGUUGAUUGCUUGAGUUCUGAUGUCCUUGAAGAGAUUCUCAAAGAUAAGAAAAUGGAAACGACAGAAUACCAGCUCUUUCAAAUCAUAGUCCUAUGGAGGAAAGGAGAUGAUAAGCGUCUCAUGGCUGCAAAGGACCUUACGAAGCACAUCUCUUUCAAAAAGAUUGAACCGGAACUCUUGUCGACAACAAUUACUGCAUCUGGUCUAGUCAAGAUAAGGCAAUUGUGUCAAGCAUUCAAGCAUCAAGCAUUGCAGUUGAAAAAGGCGUCAUCAUCUCCGACUUCAUUUUCUACUGUCCGCUACAAUCCUUGGACUACACUCUUUCCUGCCUUUGGUGUAAACCCUACUGAAAUCAAGGUAGUAGGAGCUGGUUCGGAGGUGGUCAAUGGCAUCUACAAGAAAUCUGGUAGUCACUGGCUUAUUCACACCAAACAUAGGACACAGGAGUUUCGGCUGCAUCGAGGUCAUCUUUGUGACCAUGAUCGCUUCAGGAUCACUGCAGCAACUGGUCUUGUUGGAUCCCGCAAAUCCUUCUACACGGUCAGAAGUCAAGGGAACACAGACAUACCACCUUCGAAAGGCUGGGAGAGUAUUGAAUCUGGUACUGACCCACCACCAAAGUUGUACUACAAAUUUUGAGAAACAAGACGGUUUGCAUCCAUCUUACCGGUAUUGUAUUCGCGUUGGUAUCUUUCAGCACCCUGUGGAUCCCGAUGUGGAGCUACAAAGCCCACAGAGCUUCAAAUGUAACAAUGGAAUCGAUUUGCUUGUCCGGUCAAUCUUAUCUGAAACUCUUGCCAAUGGGUGAAAUCCAGACCCUAAAUAGAAAGCUAAUAGUACUAGUACCGGUACAGUAGGGCAUUCCUUACAAUGUGGUUCUUCGUCGCACUCAGUGAGCCUCAGUCGGUGAGCAGGCUAUUACCUGCCAAGGCAUCGCAGGAGGGCCUACUGAAAGCUCAUCAGAUGUGGCAAUAUGGCCAGCGGUCAACGACAUCUUUCCCUUCAUGGGCAUGGGACAUUUUUCAUUUGUUUCAACGUCUACAAACAGAUGAAAGCUAUGUAUGAAGCUUAUUACUCUGCUGUGAUGAAUGCUCCUACUCUAUCACGCUUUUAAUAAGAAUAACCCAUUUAGUUGAUGUUUACUUACUUGUCGUCUGUACAUGUACAUGUCGCCAACACCUUUUCUGUCAUGUCCUCUCUAACUACAGGAGUUUGCUUGUCUCUGCUUCCUCAUCUUCCUCGUCCUUGCUUCCACCCGAUUCAUCCGACUGACCCUCCUCCAAGGGGCCAAUCUCAUCGUCGUCCUCCACCAUAGCACAGCUCGUGUCUGGCACUUCGUUUUGCACAAUGGCCAAUUGGAUACUCUCUUGCUCUGCGGCCUCUCGCGUUUGCAUGGGUUGAUUGGUAUCACCGCCAACAAUGUAACCCAUUUCCGUGUACUCGUCAAAUGUCUUGCCCAUGUAGGUUGCGUUCCAAAUCAAAAAGGUCGCUACUGCCAUUCCCACCAAACUACCAUUCGCCACAAGGUUUUUGGCCGAGUCGGAAAACGCGUUCGUCACAACACUUCCCAGGGCCUUGGAACCACGCGCGCCAAAGAUAUCGAUCCAACUCUUGGCCUUGUACCGGACGGCCGAACUGGUGGGUUGAUAGAGCAUCUCUUUGGUGGGGUUGUUGAGGGCAUAGGAACUUGCCUUGAGCAUCAUCAUGGCGCCAAAGACAACAUACAAAGUUGGGUGCAAU